AUGGACUCUAUGAGAUCCCUCAACACUUCCUUGCCGAAAUCAACACCACGCCCGCAGCCAUCCGAGCAACUGCUCCAGUCUUUCAAAGCGGCAGCUCUCUCGGUCACCAAUCUAUACAAGAAUGCUGUUUGUGAACAGGCCCAGGCGAGGUCGGCAGGCUAUCAGGAAGCUAUUGAGGACCUCCUUCAUUUCUUGGACCGUGAGAAUCUAGGCCUUGGUGAUGGUGAGGGGUGGAAGGUCCGACAAUGGGCAACCGAGAAGUGUGAUGGAACAGCAUCUCAGACGAGCGAUGAGGAUGACCGAGUGGACUCGGAGAAGCUUGAUCGAAGCGCCACGCCUACCAUUACACGCAAGGAAGCACCAGUUGCUGAACCUACAUCCCGCCAGCAACCCGCCACCCCGGCCGCUGUGCCUCGGCCGGAGACUACCAUCCCCGCUCCGCAACCCCAAGAUGCAAAUGUUGCAUCGCCGACGGUGUUUACGUUCACUGCCGGUCCGACCUUCCCCCAGUGCCAGGAGCUCGACAUGGAUAUGCAAUCAUCGGACAACUCUACCUCGCUAUCACAGGAGGGUGCCCCGGUCAACAUCUCCCUCAUGCCUCGAACCCCUCGCCAAUCCCAUCGCCACAACCAUAACCACAACCUCAACCACUCCUGUCCCACCACGCGACCUCCCCCACGAGAGACCCCGGCUAGUCUAGGAUCAAAGAGGAAAUUCAACUUCCCCGAUUUCUUUGACCUAUCCAACCUGCCAAAUGGAAGGGACAACUCAUUUGGAGGAGGGAAACGCGGCCGGUUUACCUAG